UCAAAAUGUGCAGCACACCAUGGACAAUGACAAGGCUAGUGAGAUGGCGCGUGAAGGACUGGGCUUCGUGUUUCUUGGCUUGCAGGUUUCUUUUGGAUGAUGAACCAGCUGAUAAAUGUUGCCCAGCAACGCCGCAAUUGCCAAUACGAAACAUGGCUUUCGAUAUGCUGGGCGAAAGCAGAAGCAAUGAGACGGGGAAAAAGAUGUCUAGGCAAAAAAACUGUGACAGAGAGCGACGACUAAGACACAGUACUAAACAAGCUAAAGACACAAGCUGCAGGCCACGUUUUUCAGAUGAGGAGUAUAUAGUGUUCUGCUUUAAAGAAGAUGGAGCAUUUGAAGUUGUGAAAAACGGCAAACUGGAAGCAUCGAACACCAUAGAUUGCGCGUCAAGAAACUCACCGAGGCCUGCCAAUCGGAAGCUUAGCCAUGGGCAGGAUACAAGAGCAGUUGAAAGGCGUAGCAAUGAGAAGAGGUUGACUGAAAAGGCUUAUGAUAUUUACCCUACAAAUGAUGGAAAAUGUAUCAUCUUUGACCAAAAGCACGAGGAAGAAGAGGAAAACCGCUCGGGUCAAGAACCACCUCCGAGUAGAGAUGUCAAGGAUCGUUCGACCGUGUCAGUUGAAUCAAGCGAUUCAAGUCAAUCGGAUGGCAGCACAGGCUCUUUCGCGUUUCCGGUGUUGGGCAGGGAAUGGAAUGGCAGUCCUGUGCAAAUGCCGAUAUCAGAAGCUAUGGACUUGAGAAAGCACAAGGCUCGCUGCAUCGGCUUUCGGUUUCAGUGCCGUCGAUUCUGAAAUUCGAUGUGUUUUUCUCAAAUAUUUUCCCCAUGAGGUUAGAU